AUGCUCGACCUCAUUCGUCCAGCAACAAGCAAGCCCAAGCCGCCUGCUGCUACAUCUGCUCCACCCUCUCCCAUCGCAUCCCCAGCCUCUUCCACCUCAACUCUCAAAGCAUCUUCUUCCUCCGCCCACAACAAGCCAUCUUCCACCACAGCACGUUCAAGAGGACAGCAGGCUCGACGUCAAAGCAUCGAGUAUGCAGUCUCUUCCUCACAUCGACAUAGAGAUGCCCUUCGGGAUCGACAGGGUCGUUUGCCAGAUCUCAACCUGGGCGCUUCGUCAAGCUCCUCAAGAUCUUCACCAGCGCUUGUUCCAUUCAGACGUUCAACUCUCGCAUCAGAUCCAACUCAGACCGCUUAUCGCAGACCAAAACAACUGCGGUCCAGCGAUGCAGGCACAAUAGCUGUUGCCACUCCUGCAAGUUCAACAGCAGAUGCAGUGUUGAGCGAACAGCAUAGUCGAACACGCAAACGAUCUCGUGCACAGCAGCCGUUGCUAGGUGGGCUCUACCUUUCUGAUCUCAUCGUCGUUGCCUUCUUCUAUGCAGUCAAUCUGUUGAGGACGUGUGGGAUUGCAGAGUUGGUGGAUGUUGCGUUCAAGGCGCUUGCCUAUGUCUGCACGCGGUUGCCCUUCGAUUUCUAUCAGAGAUGGUCGCUUAGUAGACCUCCGCCCAAUCUCUACCCUCGCUAUCCGCCUUUUACAGCGCAGCAGCAACAGCAGUACGAAGCUCGUUCAGCCGGCAAAGAUGCUCGACAGACCUCCAAAGCCAAAGCUCAUGCGCAGAUCGGAGAUGUUCCAUCUCCUCAAAUGAGCCGUACAUCCUCUACAGCAGUAUCGGCGAUAACUUCCUCCUCCAAGCACGAGGCAUCCUCACAAGACCAGUUUGAGCAAGAUGCUCAGCUUUCGCCCUUCCACCACUUGACGAUCCUGCUGGUGAGGUUUGCAUGUACCAGCUUCCCUCACUUGGUGCCUCGUGUCCUGUUUGCGGAAGAGACCAUCGGUCCGCUGGUGCGGUGGAGGACGGGAGGCGGAGCGGCUGGUAUCGUGCGCGAGUUCACUAGUGAGCAGAGCCCAUCUCCAGCACUGCCGACUGCAUCAACCAAGCACGCAUCCCCUUCACCGCCUCACUCGGGGGACACAUCCAAAGCAAAGCCGCAUAGCAAACGUUUCCAAACAUUCGCUCGACCAGGUUUCCGCGCUUUCUGGAUCGGCGCUGACGCUCAUGUACCCGUCGAAGUUCGUCGCUCCGACCCAUCCUCUAAAUCUGCUUCCACUCUGCUCUACCUCCACGGCGGAGGCUUUUCGCUAGGAUCAGUCGCAUUCUACGCCGAAGCACUCAUCCGCAUCAUAACCAAGGUCUGCAGCAUGGAAGAUCGCGACAAUGACGCACGCUGUAUUGCUGUCGAGUACGACCUCGGUCCCACCUCUCGAUUCCCUGGCCCGCUGCUGCAAUGUUUGCGAUGCUAUGCGCAUUUGAUCGAGGUCGAAGAGAUCCAUCCUACCAGUAUCACCGUCGCCGGUGACAGUGCUGGAGGCAACCUUACCAUGGCCAUGCUGCUAUGUCUCGAUGGGCAGGCGGGGGGAGAUGAGAGCUUGGCAGAGAGGGAUUGGAGUAAGUUGCCGAUGCCAGGUAAAGCGGUGUUGAUCAGUCCGUGGGCAGAUUUGAGGCCAUCUGCUUCGAAAGCGUUUACCCAUUUGCGCGAGAAGCAGAGCAAUGGUAGGCAAAAAUCGAGAGAAGCGUCCUUCACGGACUCGGUUGGAAGCCGCGUUUCGACGUGGACAGAGGCGAUUGGACAGCACGAAUGGGAUUAUGUCGCAGCGGAGGCGUUGAUGCAUUUUGCUCAGCUCUACGCUGGUGUGCUCAAGACGCCUAGGAGGGUGAGGGGUCCGAUGGGAUGGGUUGCGCAUAUGUGUGCUGUGCUUGCUGGUGAUCAGGAGGAUACUGCUAGCGCUUCUUCUACCGAUUCGGAUGUCAAGACCGGUGGCAAAGACAGCUCUCCGUCCUCCACUGCGGCGUCGGCAAAGAGCGCAACUGCUCCACUCGCCAUCCUCCGCACUCUACUGCUGCCUCCUUCGCAACGCAUCGCACGUGUAGCACACAAUAUGCUCACCGAACCUCUACUCAACCGCGCCACUUCAGUAAAGUCGACCUUCUCAUCCUCAGCCACCUCGAAGCAGCCAGCACCGGACGCAUUCAAUGCAGUCGAACAUAUUCGUCCUUCUGCUGUUGGUGCGCUUGACCCUAUCUUCCCGGCCGCAGAGCGCAAGACAGAUGCAGUCCCUGGCACUGCUGACUUGUUUGUUCCCAUCUGGAACACUCCUUCAUUCGCAUCCGAGCAGAAGGAAGAGGAAGCAAAGCGGGACAGCAGCGAUCCGGACUUGGAAGCAGCAAAGGCAUUGCUGGAGACGAGCAAGUUGGUCAACCCGGCAAUCGGUGAUUGGAGUCGUAUCCGUCUCAAAAGGGGUAUGCUGGCGACGUGGGGCGACAAGGAACGACUUGCAGAUGAUAUCAAAGUCUGGGUUGACCACGUACGACAGUCACAGUCCCAACGCGGUCGACAACACGCUACUGCCGCUGCGACGGCGCCGUAUGAUCAACCGAGUCAAGACCUCGACCCAGCAGCCCAACCCAAAUCGCUGCAAGAACGACGUGCAGCCUCACGUUCACCUCAUCGUGGCUCAUCCGAGCAUCUUCCUGAAGACGGCAAUACAGCCGAUUGGCUAUGCACAGCUGUCGAGCACGGUCCAGGCGGAGUCCACGCCUGGCCGUUCGUCUCGAUGUACCUAGCCGGCACGGAAGCCGAACGCGAAAAGGGACUUGAGGUCAUCGCUCGAUUCAUUGCCGAGCCUACACUUAGUCCUGCGUCCACACAUCAAGCCACGCCUGCGUCGUUGGCUGUUCAGCUACCAGUGCCACACGAUGAGCGGUAUCUGUCGGCGGCAGCAGCAGCAGCACAGGGGUUUGGUGCGGUAGGUAACUCGCCUCCGCACUUGAACUCUGUUUCGCCUGCAGGAUCUAUGCCGUCCGACAUCAGUUCGCGUGGUGAUGUUGAUGAUGGCGACUACCCCUUCUUGGGUGGGUCGAGCUAUACUUGGUCCGAGGCGGAAGAUUGGGAUCCAGCAGGGGGGAGUAACGAGUUGGGUUUGGAAGGUGUUUAUCCGCACGAAAUAGUGUGGGCUGAGCCAACGCCGGCUCCUUCGACAGGAGUUGGGACGCCAGUGAGCCAAAGCGACGAUGGAGAAGGGAUUGGGCAUGACGAACUGGUGAGGCAGGUUGGGCUGGGGCUUGGAGGCGCCGCUGCUAGUGGUCGGGCAGCAGGAUCGAUGAUGGAACCUGUUCAUCUGCAUCGACCUGCCCACAACGCCAGCAGCACAACUGCGGGAUGGGAUCAGUACACUCACCUCGCCGAACAACAGCAGCGCACAACUCGCUCCUCAUCCCGUCGAACUCGCCCUGAUCCACCAGCAUCAACCGCCCUCGGCAGCGCACCAACCGGUCGAUCCCUCGCCGACCUCGAAGCAGAAUCGGAUCUCUCGGCCCCUCCCUCUCGGCCCGGCUCACCAGGUGGAUGGCACAGUUCUGGCGCCAACUCCGGCUACACUUCCACCGACGACCUCUCGGCUGCUGCUUCACCACAAGAAGUGGACCGAGACGCAUACUUUGGCGGACCGGUAUCCUACGCUGACGACGAGAUCCCCAUGGAUCCCGGGUUCUACGGUCUUGCUCAUUAUCAUACCCUGAGGCCGGAGGGGUUGAGCGACAUCGCAGAGGAAGAGAGUCAAUUUGAUACUUCGUCUGUAUUGAGCAGUGGGAAUGGUGGGAUUCGAUCGCCGGGGUUGAGCGAGAGUUUUUCGCCUGCUGAUGGGUCUUCUCCAACGAGGAACCCGGGGAGGUUGGGUGCGGCGUAUACCCCUUCGGCUUCGGAGAUGGCUAGGUUGAGAGAGGCCCUAGAGGUGAGGGAAAGGCAGUACAGAGAUAGGUUCGGGAGGGGGAAGGGGAGGAGGAAGGGGAGGGGAAGGUUUCCGAUUGAGGAAGAGGAAGGAGCUGGGGAAGGAGGGGUGGAUUCGAUUGGAGAAGGUUCGGGCGCGGAAGAAGUGAGUUACGUAGAUGAUGAAGAGCAGAGACGGAGAAGUCCUUGGGAGUCUAGUGUUGAACUGCCAACCCUAGCCGAUCCUCAAGCUGAGCGAGGUGUUGGUGACGCGGCGAGCAAACACCUCAAUGUUGCAGUCAAUGGCAAUGUUACUAUACCAGCAAUGCCUUCGAGGAGAAGCACUGAGCUGUUUCCCGCUCAGCCGCCAUCACCUGCUAGAUCGACUUGUAGCCAAAACUCGAAGGACAUCUGGUGGUAG